AAGCUACAUAUUUUUGACCCAGAAGGCGACGUGCUUUUAACAUGCGAACGUAUCCAGGAGAUUGACGUAUAAGAGUUGGUUCUAUCCACGGCGGCAUCUCCACUAUCGGCAGACGUUCCACAUCGGCCAAAGGCUGUCAUGAGUUCACCACAUGAGGCGACAUCUCCAUCAUCGGCGGGUGCCCCAGAUUGGCUUGAGGCUGAGCCGGAAUCUGUACGAGACAAGUUCCAAGCAGAGACUGCCAAUGCUGUGAAUAGCUUAAUGGAAAUUUUGCAUUCGUCUUGCUCUUCAAGGCGGAGCUCGAAACCAAGGUUCAGGGUUGAACAAGUCCAGAUGCGAGUCUCAUCGAGGCAUCUCACCCUCGCAUCGCCGACCUUUCGAGCUUCUCUAGGCUCUGAUGCAUACCCCGAAGGUUGGGCUCUGCGGAGUGAAGGUCACCUUGUUAUUCCACUGUGUGAUGAGGAUCCAGAUGCAAUGAUUAUUCUUUUGAGCAUCAUCCAUGGAUUAUCAAGUAAGGUUCCUCGCCGAGUCGACUUGGAUAUGCUAUCCAAAAUUGCCAUCGCUGUCAACCACCGGCGAAUGCACGAGGCGGUAGGAAUUUGGCCAGACACUUGGAUGGAAAAAUUAAAAAUGACGAGGGGUUAUCACACAGCUAUUCGCCGAAUACACUUCUCUCAUGGUUGUUUAUCUUCUGGGUGUUUGGAGAAACAGAAGGAUUCCGCCAUAUAUCUGGAAUACUAG